ACAGAGACUUGAGUGUUGUUCUUCCUUGUUCUUCGUCUCUCUGUCUACCUUUCCCCUCAAUUUUCGGAUUAGGGUUUUCAGAAAAACCCUUUUUCUCUCUUCAACUUCAGUGGAAAAAAAAGGGGGAAGAAGUGUUUCAAUUCGUUUUGGUUCUGUAUGAGAUGUUUCGUUCUUCUCCAUCUUAUCCUUUUUCCUUUACUCGAUUCUACUUCCUCUUCUGCGUACUCCUUCUCCUCUUCGCAUCUCGAAACGACGCCGUUUCGUCCGAUUCGGACAAAUCAGUGCUCCUUCGCCUGAAAAGCUCACUCUCCGACCCCUCCGGUCUGCUAUCCACGUGGAAUGCCGGCGCCGGCGGUGAUUCCGACCACUGUUUCUGGUUCGGCGUCCUCUGCGACUCGAGCUCGCGCGUCGUCGCGCUCAACAUCACCGGAAACGGCGCCGCCGCUGCCGGCGGAGGUAAACGAAACUCUCACCCGUGCUCCGAUUUUGCUCAGUUUCCGCUUUAUGGGUUUGGAAUUAGGAGGAGCUGUGAGGGUAGUAAUGGUUCUUUGUUUGGGAAGGUUUCGCCUUUGAUCAGUGAGCUUUCUGAGCUUAGGGUUCUUUCCCUUCCCUUCAAUGGGUUGGAGGGUGAAGUUCCUGAUGAAAUUUGGCGUAUGGAAAACUUAGAGGUUAUUGAUCUAGAGGGGAAUUUGAUAACCGGGUAUCUUCCUUUUCGGGUUAGUGGUUUGAGGAAUUUGCGGGUUCUGAAUCUCGGGUUCAAUAGGAUUGUUGGGGAGAUACCAAGUUCAAUUUUUGCAUCUCUUGAGAGUUUGGAGGUUUUGAAUUUAGCUGCCAAUGAAUUGAAUGGUUCUGUUCCUGGUUUUGUUGGAAAGCUGAGGGGGGUGUAUUUGUUGUUUAAUCAGCUUGGAGGGGUUAUCCCACCAGAGAUUGGGGACAAUUGUGGGAAACUUGAGCAUUUGGAUUUAUCUGGUAAUUUAUUAGUUCAAGGGAUUCCGGCGAGUUUGGGUAAUUGUAGUCGGUUGCGGACGCUUUUGCUGUAUUCUAAUCUGUUGGAAGAUGUUGUUCCGGCUGAAUUUGGCAAUCUUAAGAACCUUGAGGUGUUGGAUGUUUCGAGGAACACUCUCAGUGGUUCUGUGCCCCGAGAGCUUGGGAAUUGUACGGAGUUGUCUGUUCUUGUGCUGUCGAAUCUUUUCAAUCCACUCGGAGAUGGAGAUGUUGCUGGUGCUUCGGUGGGGAAACUGAUUUCUGUAAAUGAUGAGUUGAACUAUUUUGAAGGUGCAAUGCCUGCAGAAAUUAUGGCGCUUCCAAAGCUGAGAAUAUUGUGGGCUCCUAUGGUAAACCUGGAAGGCAGUUUUCCAGGCAGUUGGGGUGGUUGUGAUAACUUGGAGAUGAUCAAUUUGGCUCAAAAUUUUUUCAGUGGGGAGUUUCCAAACCAGCUGAGUAUUUGCAAGAAGCUGCAUUUUCUUGAUUUAAGCUCAAACAACCUUACUGGCGAGCUUUCUGAAGAACUUCAUGUUCCCUGUAUGACUCUGUUUGAUGUUAGUGGGAACAUCUUAUCUGGUUCAAUUCCUGAUUUCUCCAAUAGUAACGUUUGUCUCCCUGUUACUUUAUGGAAUGGAAAUUUGUUUGAUGCUGACAACAUGUCCCCUCCAUAUGCAUCCUUUUUUUCAUCAAAGGUUCGUGAGAGAACCCUUUUACCAUCACUGAGGGGAGUUGGUCUUUCAGCUUUUCACAACUUUGGGCAAAACAACUUUACUGGCAUUCAGUCAUUGCCAAUAGCACGUGACAGGCUCGGGAAGGCAACUGAUUACGCUUUUCUUGUUGGAGAAAACAAUCUUACGGGACCAUUUCCUACGUAUCUAUUUGAGAAAUGUGAUGGAUUAGAUGCAUUGCUUUUAAAUGUCAGUUAUAAUAGGUUAUCUGGUCAGAUUCCUUCCGAUUUUGGUGGAAUGUGCAGAUCAUUAAAAUUUCUGGAUGCAUCUGGAAAUCUGUUUGCAGGACCAAUUCCCCUUGCCUUCGGGAAUUCGGUCUCUCUUGUUGCUCUGAACCUCAGUAGGAAUCAGUUACAAGGUCAGAUUCCCACCAGCCUUGGGCAGAUGAAGGAUCUGAAGCUUCUUUCUUUGGCUGGUAAUGAGUUAAAUGGCUCAAUUCCUACCAGCCUGGGGCAGUUGCACUCUUUAGAAGUCUUGGAUCUUUCUUCGAACUUCCUUACUGGUGAGAUUCCAAAGGAUAUUGAGAACAUGAGAAAUCUGACCGAUGUUUUACUCAAUAACAACCUCCUUUCUGGACCUGUUCCUGCUGGUUUGGCAAAUGUCAGUACGCUCUCAGCAUUUAAUGUGUCUUUCAAUAACUUAUCUGGAUCCUUGCCAUCACAUAGUAACUUGAUUAAAUGCAGCAGUGCUGUUGGGAAUCCAUAUCUAAGUUCCUGCCGCGGGUUAUCUCUAACUGUGCCAACAGCCAAUCAACCAGGGCAGGUUGUUGAUGGUUCUAAUAUUGUUGCACCACCACAAGCUACUGACCAAAAGAGUGGGAAUAGCUUCAGUUCUAUUGAAAUAGCAUCUAUAACUUCUGCUUCGGCCAUUGUUUCUGUUCUUAUUGCCCUGAUUGUUCUAUUCUUUUACACACGGAAGUGGAAUCCAAAGUCCAGGGUUGUUGGUUCUGCGAGAAAAGAAGUUGAAUUGUUUGCUGAUAUUGGGGUCCAAAUAACAUUUGAAAGUGUUGUCCAUGCCACGGGAAAUUUCAAUGCAAGCAACUGUAUUGGGAAUGGAGGAUUUGGGGCAACCUAUAAGGCAGAGAUAUCGCCAGGAAACUUAGUGGCAGUCAAACGUCUGGCAGUAGGACGUUUCCAAGGUGUUCAACAAUUCAAUGCAGAGAUUAAGACCCUUGGAAGGCUUCAUCAUCCAAACCUUGUCACUCUGAUUGGUUUUCAUGCUUCUGAGACAGAGAUGUUUCUUGUAUACAAUUAUUUGCCAGGUGGUAAUCUGGAGAAGUUCAUCCAGGAGAGAUCCACAAGGGCUGUGGAUUGGAGAAUUCUUCACAAGAUUGCAUUGGACAUAGCCCGUGCACUGGCCUAUCUGCAUGAUCAGUGUGUACCUCGUGUUCUUCAUCGCGAUGUCAAGCCCAGCAAUAUCUUGCUGGAUGAUGAUUUUAAUGCUUAUCUAUCUGACUUUGGAUUGGCUAGACUUCUGGGAACUUCGGAGACCCAUGCUACCACUGGUGUGGCAGGAACAUUUGGAUAUGUUGCUCCUGAAUAUGCCAUGACUUGUCGUGUUUCUGAUAAGGCUGAUGUGUAUAGCUAUGGUGUGGUGCUUCUAGAGUUGCUCUCAGACAAGAAGGCAUUGGACCCUUCAUUUUCUUCUUAUGGGAAUGGUUUCAACAUAGUUGCAUGGGCAUGGAUGCUACUGAGACAAGGCAGGGCAAAGGAGUUCUUCACUGCUGGGUUAUGGGAUGCAGGACCAGGAGAUGAUUUGGUAGAGGUGCUACGCUUAGCAGUUGUGUGUACUGUUGAUUCUCUCUCUACCAGACCUACAAUGAAACAUGUUGUAAGAAGGCUUAAGCAACUUCAACCCCCAUCAUGCUAGCCCCUUGUGAGGCUUUGAUCCUUUGACAUUAAUCCUAGAAAUAUUCCCACUUGUAAUUUGUAAUUUGUGAUUUAGCAUUAUUGGGUCCAUGUUUUUGUAUUUGCAUUAGGCUGAGUUCCCAAAUUGUACUUAAAUCGCCUUGUACAUUUUAAUAUAGUUGUGCCCCCAAUUUUCCACGCUCUUUUCUAGAUUAGGCUAGGGGACUUGUUGAGAUUCUGCAUAAGAAUGCAGAUAUUUGAUUUCCAUGCCGUAUACUUCUUCUGUUCCAUAUUAUUUGUUCAAUAAAAUUAUAGAAUAG